GGCGCCAUGGAGCGCGUGUUCACGCCGCUGGACUGCCUGCUGCCCGCGGGAAACCUGAAGUUCUGCCUUCUUAUUCUGAACCAGCCUUUCAACAAAGGUCAUUUUCAUCGUCUGUGGAGCAAUGCUGCUACUCAGAGCUUGUGUUGAUGGAGGUGCCAAUCAUCUCUACCACAUCACAGAAGGAAGCCGCGACAGCUUCUUGCCUGAUUACAUCAGUGGUGAUUUUGAUUCCAUUAGGCCUGAAGUCGAGGAGUACUACAAGGUCAAGGGAUGUGAGUUCAUAGAGACGAUGGAUCAGGAAUCCACCGACUUCACCAAGUGCCUUCAUAUACUGCAAAAAAAGAUAGAAAAGAACGGUCUCCAGGUUGAUGUAAUUGUGGCUUUGGGUGGCCUUGCAGGACGCUUCGACCAAAUAAUGGCAGCAGUGGAAACCCUUUUUCAUGCAACAAAUAUCACUCCUUUUCCGGUGAUCAUUAUUCAAGAGUGCUCCCUGAUUUACCUGCUUCAGCCUGGCAAGCACAAGCUGCACGUGGACACGGGCCUGGAAGGCGAGUGGUGUGGCCUCGUUCCCAUCGGGAACGCCUGUCUUGUGACCACCACAGGCCUCAAGUGGAACCUCACAAACCAGGUGCUGAAGUUCGGAACGCUCGUCAGUAGUUCAAACACCUAUGACCACUCUGGGAUUGUAACCAUCGAGACAGACAAGCCUUUGCUGUGGACAAUGGCUGUGAAGGAGUAAGAUGAGCUACAGCUGCCUUUUCUUAUCUGAUUGGACUCCAAUUACUGCAAAAAUGCACUGGAC